GCUGCCGCCGCCGCCGCUUCCUUUCCAGCCUGUUCCGCGUGGCUCCCUCGGGUCCGGUCUCGGCCAUGAUGAUCCAUGGCUUCCAGAGCAGCCACCAGGACUUCUCCUUCGGGCCCUGGAAGCUGACGGCAUCCAAGACCCACAUCAUGAAGUCAGCGGAUGUGGAGAAGCUAGCUGAUGAGUUACAUAUGCCAUCUCUCCCUGAAAUGAUGUUUGGAAACAAUGUUUUAAGAAUCCAGCAUGGCUUUGGCUUUGGGAUUGAGUUCAAUGCUACAGAUGCCUUAAGAUGUGUAAAUAACUACCAAGGAAUGCUUAAAGUAGCCUGUGCUGAAGAGUGGCAGGAAAGCAGGAUGGAAGGUGAACACUCCAAAGAUGUUAUUAAACCAUAUGAUUGGACCUAUACAACAGAUUAUAAGGGAACAUUACUUGGAGAAUCACUUAAGUUAAAGGUUGUACCUACAACAGAUCAUAUAGAUACAGAGAAACUAAAAGCCAGAGAACAGAUUAAGUUUUUUGAAGUUCUUCUGUUUGAGGAUGAACUUCAUGACCAUGGAGUUUCAAGCCUGAGUGUGAAAAUUAGAGUAAUGCCUUCUAGCUUUUUCCUGCUGUUACGGUUUUUCUUGAGAAUUGAUGGGGUGCUUAUCAGGAUGAAUGAUACGAGACUUUACCAUGAGGCCGGCAAGACCUAUAUGUUACGAGAAUAUACAUCGCGAGAGAGCAAAAUUGCUAAUUUAAUGCAUGUUUCACCUUCCCUGUUCACGGAACCUAAUGAAAUAUCCCAGCAUUUACCAAUAAAGGAGGCCAUUUGUGAGAAGCUGAUAUUUCCAGAAAGAAUCGAUCCUAAUCCUGCAGACUCACAAGAAAGUACACUUGUGGAAUAGAAUCGGAUACAGCAUGCACUCACCAUGGAAUCUGACUGGAGACCUUGGCUUGUUAGUAGUGGGGUACUUUUAUUAUGAGAAUUAAUUGCCUUGUUUAUGUACAGAUUUUCUGUAGCCUUAAAGAAAAAUAAUAAAAGAUUGUUGCAGGCAGGUACCACUCAACUAAUUGGUGUUUAUACUGUCUAUCUUCAGAUUCAUAUUACAGAUUUCUAUUUUCUGGAGUUAGAUUUGGCUUUCUAAAUUGUCACAAAGUGGUACUUCAGCAUAGUGAUGUAUCUGUCUCGAUGGGCAGUGGGCAUACUCUGCUUCCAACAUGAAGCAUGAGGAAGUUAAUUUAAAUCUCUGAAUUCCAAUACCUUGUGAAUUUCAUAGGAUUUCCUGAUUGUGCAUGUCAAGUGGUACUGGCUCUUCACUUUCUGAUGUUUUUUGUACUUCUAGAGAGUUGUGACUUGCCACCUGGAAAGUUGAUCUCAUACUUUAAUGAUUAUCACCCACAAAUUUUUUUAAUGCUUC